ACUCGCGAGAGAGAGGGAGAGAGAAGAGAGACGUGUGCAUUUCUUGUUUCAAACAGUGAACUGAGGGAAGAGGAAGGAGCAAGUUGCAAGUUGGAGCGCUGAGAAUCCAGAGGGAAAAUCCAGAGCCUCAGCACCAUGAACGUGGACGAUGACGCCAAGUGGCUGGAGUGGGUGACCAGGCAGUUUGAGAGCAUCGCGGGCGAGGAUAAGGAGAUCGAUUUGGAAGAGUUCACGUCUGCGCUCAAAGUGAAAGAGUCUUUCUUUGCAGAGAGGUUCUUUGCUCUGUUUGACUCGGACGCCAGCGGGAGCAUUAGCCUGGAUGAGCUGCUGAAAGCCUUGGACCUGCUCAUCCACGGGAACGAGACAGACAAACUCCGAUUUCUCUUCCAAGUCUACGAUGUGGAUGGCAGCGGCUCCAUUGACCCAGACGAGUUGCGGAUUGUGCUGAAGUCCUGCCUGAGGGAGAGCGCCAUCUCUCUGCCCGAGGAGAAGCUGGAUGACCUGACCCUCGCGCUCUUCGAGUCCGCAGACAAGGACAGCAGUGGCACCAUCACCUUCGAGGAGCUCAAGGAGGAGCUGGAGAACUUUCCGGAAGUGAUGGAAAACCUGACCAUAAGUGCCGCCAACUGGCUGAAGCCCCCCUGCACGGAGAAGCGUAAGAACAAGCCCCCCCGCUACUUGACGCCCGCCUAUUGGUUGAACAACAGCCGCAAGCUCCUCUUCAUGUGUUGCUACCUCCUCGUCAACAUCUUCCUCUUCAUCUUCGCCGCCAUGAAGCACAGCGAGCUCGGGAGGUGGGUCAUGGUGGCCAAGGGCUGCGGUCAGUGCCUCAACUUCAACUGUACCUUCAUUGUGGUGCUGAUGCUGCGGCGGCUGACCUGGCUAAGGGCCACCUGGGUGGUCCGGGUGCUGCCACUCGACCAGCACGUCCUGCUCCACCAGCUGGUCGGCUUCGCUAUCUUCGGGCUGACAGUCGUUCACUCUAACGCUCACGUCAUCAAUUUCGUGACGCUGACUCGAGGCGGCAGCUCGUACCGGCUGUGGGAGUACCUGCUGACCACGCGGCCUGGGAUCGGCUGGGUGUACGGCACGGCGUCAAUCACCGGCAUCGUCCUGCAGCUGCUCAUCGUCGUCAUGUUGAUCUGCUCCAGCACCUUCGUCCGUAGAAGUGGGCACUUCGAGGUGUUUUAUUGGACGCACUUGAGUUACAUCUGGGUGUGGGCUCUCCUGGUCCUGCACUGCUCCAACUUCUGGAAGUGGUUUGUGGUGUCCGGGUUCCUGUUCCUUAUGGAAAAAAUCAUCGGUAUCGCCGUCUCCCGGAUCGGAGGAACUCAGGUUGUGGAGGUCAAUCUGCUCCCCUCCAAGGUGACCCAUCUGGUUAUCAAACGAUCUCCGUUCUUCCACUACAAGGCCGGAGACUACGUGUAUCUGAACAUCCCGGUCAUCGCCAAGUACGAGUGGCACCCCUUCACCAUCAGCAGCGCCCCAGAGCAGCAAGACACCAUCUGGCUCCACAUCCGCUCGCUCGGCCAGUGGACCAACCGUCUGUACGAGUACUUCAGGCAGCCUGAGCGAGAGGGCACCGACCUCGGGACCCAGAGCCUCAGCCACAACCUGAGGAACAAGCGCUACCAGCGAUGGCCUCAGAUUUCUGCCAAACUAAGUGAGAAUCACCAGUACUGCAACAUCAAGUGUUACCUUGACGGUCCCUACGGAACCCCGACACGGACAAUAUUCGCCUCGGAGCACGCCGUGCUGAUCGGAGCUGGGAUCGGGAUCACUCCCUUUGCCUCCAUCCUGCAGAGCAUCAUGUACAGGUAUCGGAUGAGGAAACAGAACUGUCCCAACUGUAACUAUUCCUGGUGCCAAAACGUCAAAGACAAUGAGAUGAAUCUGAGGAAGGUUGACUUUAUCUGGAUCAACAGAGACCAGAAGUCCUUUGAGUGGUUUGUCAGCCUCCUGACCAAGCUGGAAAUGGACCAGGCAGAUCAGGAACCUGACGGCAGGUUCCUGGAGAUGCACAUGUACAUGACCUCUGCGCUCAGUAAGAAUGACAUGAAGGCACUCGGCCUGCAGAUGGCAUUGGACCUGUUGGCCAAGAAGGAGAAACGAGACUCCAUUACUGGGUUGAGGACCCGAACCCAGCCUGGGCGCCCCGACUGGAGCAAGGUGUUUCAGAAAGUAGCCGACGAGAUGAAGGGCAAAGUCCACGUCUUCUUCUGUGGUUCGCCCGCCCUGGCCAAGACCGUCAAGGCUCAGUGCGAGCACUUUGGCUUCAAGUUUUACAAAGAGAACUUCCAUAAUGCUCUGCGCCUCAUCCACACCAUUUCCACAGCCUCGUUACCCAGCGCUCUCCAGGAGUUAAACAUCCUGGUUGUUCCUGCCAGCAUGGCUUUCUGGGGCAAUGAGGUCCACAUUCUGGCCACCUCCCGCAGGAGGCAGACACAACAUGUGUAG